AUGAAAAUAUUGCUGUUAUUCCUCUUAUUCAUGUUAUUGCCUUAUACGUCUUUUUCCUUUGUAAUGAAAGCAAAUAUAAAAGCAUUAAAAUUAACUUCUAUUAAUUAUAAUCAUGUGCAUAGAAAAAAUAUAAGAUCUUUAAAGAUUUAUUUAUACCCACGCUUUUUAAAAAGAAUAGUAGAACCAUUAGAAAAUGUUAAUUUUAAGAAUUACUUUUUUUUUCGAUCAUUAUCACGUAUAUGCGUUUCCUUAAGUAGUGCAUUUUCUUUAAAUGCAAAAGUAUAUUUAUAUAGAAAGAAUAUGAAUAAUUUAUUAUUAACUCAACUAUUAAUGAAUAAUGAAAUUUUUAUAAAAAUCUUAAAAAUAUGUUGGUUAUAUAAAUUAAGUCAUUUUAUAGAUAAAAACAUAAAAUUAUGUAGAUAUUUGUCUACUAUAUUUUAUAUUAUUAGUAUAUAUUUGGAUAUAUUAUCUACAUAUGAUAUUUCAAAAAAUUUUUACUUUUACUAUUUUUUAUAUUCCUUAUCAUCUAUAUUAAAAAAUUUGAGUAUACUAACAUAUACAUCUAUCAGAUCAAGUAUUAAUUUUCAUGUAUCUCAAAUGUUAUCUUAUUCAAACCAAAAAAUUAACAAAGAAAGUAUGGGAACUAUAAAACUUACAGACAAAAAUGGAGGUGAAAAUAUAAGCGGUGAAAAUAUAAAUAAUGAAAAUAUAAAUAAUGAAAAUAUAAAUAAUGAAAAUAUAAAUAAUGAAAAUAUAAAUAAUGAAAAUAUAAAUGUUAAUGAAAAAUUGAUGGAAAUUAAUGCAUUAAAAAAAGACAAAUAUAAAGUAAUAAACAAAUUUUACGCAAAAAAAAAAGAAGAGAAUAACAAUAAUAAUAUUUUAAGAAAUAAUUUAAAUGUAAAAAGAAAAACAUUUUAUAUAGGAGAAAUUAGUGUUAUAACAGAUUUACUUUUUUCCUUAGUAGAUUUAUCAACAAUCCUUUUUCUUUCCCGUGCAACGAAAUAUAUAAAACAAAAACUAUUUUUUUAUAUAUUUUUAUCUUCUCUACAUUUAUUUUUUUCUUACAAAGAACUAGAAUAUUUAUUAAUUUAG